CAAUUUUUAAUCUUAAAGUUAUUCGACAUCAGAGAAAUUAUGCAAGUUUAUAAUCAAGAGCCAUAUACUAAUGGUAAAGUUCGUCUUAAUACAACUAAAGGUGAAAUAGAAAUUGAAUUAUGGGGUAAAGAAACACCAAAAGCAUCUAGAAACUUUAUUCAGCUAUGCAUGGAAGGAUAUUAUAAUAACACUAUUUUUCAUAGACUUGUUUCUGGUUUUAUUAUUCAGGGAGGAGACCCUACAGGCACAGGUAUGGGUGGUCAAUCUAUAUGGGAUGAGCCUUUUUCUGAUGAGUUUCACUCUCGUUUAAGAUAUAAUAGAAGAGGACUUGUUGGAAUGGCUAAUACUAGUAAAAAUGAUAAUGGUUCUCAGUUUUUUAUUACAUUGGCACCCACACCUGAACUACAGGGGAAGAACACUCUUUUUGGAAGGAUUGUUGGAAAUUCUAUAUAUAAUGUAUUAAGGAUGGCAGAAUUAGAGACGGAUAAAAAUGAAAGGCCUUUAUAUCCUCCAAAAAUUCUUUCUACAGAAGUUCUAUUAAAUCCAUUUGAUGAUAUUAUUCUUAGGACAACUGAAGGGGAUAGACAGAAACGGAUAGAAUUACUUGUAUCAUCAGAAGAUGAUCUUAAAAAUAAAGCAAAAAAAAAUAAAGUGCUUUUGAGUUUUCAGGAUGAAGAAGAUGAUGAGGAAAUUUGUAAAUUAUCUAAAUUUAAGAGUAGUCAUGACAUAGGAGAUGAUUUAAAGUUAUCAGAGCAGCCUGCGAUUGUAACAAGUGUUAAAAGAAAACACGACUUUCUUGAUGAAACUAAGGAGACCAAAACAGUUGCUAAAGAUGUAAAAAACAUUGAUAAUGAAACAAAAAAUCUAUCGCGUCCCUCUAUUGUUGAGAAAUUAGAAAAAAAAGAUUCUUAUUCUAAAAAGACAAAAAUAGAAGAAUUACAAGCACAAAUUCAUAUUUUAAAAGAUGAUAUUAAAGCAAUUGGAAAAAAAAAAAGUAAAUAUUCAGAUUCUUUGGAAUUUCAAAAAGAGAAAAUGCUUUCUUAUUUAGAAAAAGAGAGAGAACGUUAUCGAGUUUCAGAAAAAGCUAUUGUAGGAGGUAAAGGAAAGUCAAAAAAAGCGAGAGAGGAAGAAACACUUGCUAAACUUUCGUUAUUUCAAUCUAAAAUUUCUUCGAAAGAUUGUAUUGAAAUAGAAGAAAAAGAAGAAGAAGAGGAUGCAUGUGAAUUACAUGGCGUUCCCGGAUGCUUCUCGUGUUUCGAUCGUUUAGGAGAACAUAAUGAUUUACCUGAAGAAAAUAAUAGUGAUUGGUUUGCAAAGAGACUUGUUUUUGCUAAGGAUAAGCUUGGAAAAGAUCAUACAUUUAGCGCAAAUAAAGUAGACGAUUUUGAAAUAAUUGAUCCUAGAGAAAGAAAAGAAAGAGCUAUUUUUGAAGAAAAAAUGAAGAAAAAAAAUCAUGAAAUAUCUAAAAGUUUUAAGCCAAAUUACAAAAGUCGCAAUUAAAUUUAUAAAAUACAUAGAUUAUAUAUAUAUAUAUAUGUGA